AUGACCCACCGCUCCAACUCGAACUCGUCCCGCCGCAAACUGAAGGCAGAAGCUGCUGCAGACGCCGUCUUCGUCGUCGGUUCGCUGAUUCCAAGAAAAAUCAGAUCAAGAACCCCAGAUCUAGAUCCUGAGUCUAAAAAUGGAGGGGAGAGUGAAAAAUCUCAAUUCCCAAAGGAGAGAGUCUCAACCACUUUCACAACCUUGACCGGAGAGGAGAGACAAGGGAGAGACCAGAGAAAAGAGAGAGCUCGAAGGAGAGGGGGACUGAGAGAAACUGGCUUUUCUCUUUUGCCUUCUGAUGAUCACUCGUUUCUUGGUCCCGACGUCUCUUGCUCUUUCGACUACCUCUCCUCAUGCUUCUUCGUGUUCCCGAAUAACCAAGUCUUUGCCUCGUGCACUGAUCUUCCCUAUCUGGAUUCAUUCCUACACUGGACUCACGACCCUUCCUCAUCCACCCUCCACAUAGCUUACCGUCACAGCCAAGUCAGUUCAUCAACGUGGGUUGCAUGGGGUAUCAAUCCCACUUCGAAAGGCAUGAUUGGAACUCAAGCCAUCGUUGCCUACCCAAAGCCCGACGGAACCGUGGCUGUCUUCACUACACCUGUUAACAGCUAUGGGACCCAGCUGCAAGAGGGGAACCUAAGUUUCCCUGUCUCGGAUCUGUCAGCCUCAUUUUUGGACAGCCAGAUUGUUAUAUGUGCUUUCAUUGAGCUUCCAGAAAACACCACCAGUGUUGGUCAUGUUUGGCAAGACGGACCAGUCUCCGGAAGUACACUUGGAAUGCAUCAAGUUUAUGGGAAUCAUCUCCAGUCGAUGGGCACUCUCAAUCUUUCAUCAGGACAAGCCUCAGCAUCUCACAGUGGGAGUUCAAAAAACCAACUCAAGAUUACACAUGGAGUGCUAAACACUAUUAGUUGGGGAAUCAUGAUGCCACUCGGAUUUAUGGCGGCAAGGUACUUGAAGGCUGUUGGUCCAAAAGCAAACCCUCUUUGGUUCUACGUUCACAUCACUCUUCAGCUCCCUGGAUACUUACUCGGCAUGGCAGGAGGUGCAACUGGGCUCUACCUUGGCGUCAAGUUCGCUGGUGUUCAUCACCCUUGCCACAUGGGCAUUGGAAUCACUCUUUUUUGCCUUGGACUACUUCAAAUCUCUGCUCUAUUUCUGCGGCCAGCCAAGGGCCACAAGUACAGAAAUCUUUGGAAUUUGUUUCACCAUGUCAUAGGUUACACUGUCCUUCUCUUGAGCUUCACCAACAUAUGGGUAGGGUUCUACAUUCUAAAGCCUGCAAAAGCAUGGAUUAUUGUUUAUGGCGUCAUCUCCGGGGCAAUGAUAGUGUCAACCAUCACAUUAGAAGUUUGGAAGAGAUUGGCACGAGAUGGAAAUACCAAUGAAGCAAAUGAAGCCACUACAACCAGCACCAAUGCAGAUAAUAAAGUGUAGACCAUU